UGUUCAGUUGGAAAAUGUACACAUAUGAAGAUCACCCUCCCCGAAUAGUCUGUAGACAGAGCUGACUUGGUAUCUCCGUGGGCUCAAGCGUAGUGAUUGUGUUCUGGCUAGUAUUGAGGAUCGCUCCACCCAGCGAGUGUAUAUCGUGAGAUGCUCUUAGUGGGUUGCGACGGGGCAAAGAGUGCCGUUAGGAGGUUCCUAGGUAUAGAGAGUGAGGGAGAAGAUUCAUACGAAACUAUCAUGACCAUACAUAUCAAUGCUGACAUGGGUCCCGUAGUUAAAGAACAGGUGGGCAUGCUGUAUUAGGUGAUAGAUCCCCAAGUAUCUGGCUUUAUAAUAGGCUACGAUCUAUCAGGGAACCAAGUACUAAUAUGUAACUUUGAUGUAUGUGCAAAAGGUAUACUAGAUCCAUCCUCGAUGUUAUACACUGACAGGGC